AUGCAGUACGGCAACUCUUCUAACAGCUCAAUCUCUCUCUCAUCUGAAACCUUGGCUGCCAGUAGUGUACUGGGGCUGUGCUUUGCACUGGGGGUCCCUGGAAAUAUAGCAGUACUGGUGCUUCUUUCUGGGUGGCUAAAGGGAGGCAGUUUCACCCCAAGGCUGAUGCUGAGCCUGGCCAUAUCAGAUCUAAUGACGCUGCUUCCACUGCCGGUAUGGAUCUACGCUCUUCUUCAUGACUGGGUCUUUGGUUUGGGCUCGUGUAAGUUCUUCUCCUACGUGGUCUACUGGAGCCUCUACAGCAGCGUGCUGUGUGUGACUUUACUGAGUGUGCAGAGAUAUGUUCAAGUACUGCAUCCUCAGAAGUGGGCUAAGCUCAGAGCAAGAGGACAGAAUGGUCUUGUGAGUGGAAUAUGGAUUCUGAGUGGAUUAUUAGCUUGUUACGCUCUCAUUCAGCGGCGUGUAAAGUUGGAAGAGGAUGGACGGCUGCAAUGCAGGGCACACUAUCAAAAUAACACAGAGAGGGUGGCAACUUUGCUUUUGGAGACCGUGGUGAUGUUUGCGGUGCCGUUCCCCCUCCUGGUUUAUUUCUACGUUCGUCUUCACCGCAGUGUUAGUCAAUCAGCUUUCUUUAACAGCCACAGGAUGACGAGGCUGGUGACCAGAACCGUGGCGACUUUCUUCUUUUUUUGGGUUUCGCUUCAUAUCAACAACAUUAUGCUGAUUGUUGCAUUGUUACUCAAAAAUGACCAUCUGUUGAGGUUUGCAGAAGCAGGAGAUGACAUUGCCGGAGCUCUGACUUUCAUCAACAGUUGCGUGAACCCCUUCGUGUAUGCCUUCUCUGCUCGGGCUCUAAGGCAGCGCACAACUGGGACAGAAAGUGCUUAAGUCCUUCACUUUUUCUUCUUUUGCAUCCUUGGCAUUUAUAAUGAACUUCGUUUAUAAAGACAUGUAAAUUGUUUUUUGUACAAAUUGGAAAUGAGAGAUGGACCACAGAAAUUUCUCAUAGCACAGUCUGAAACAACAUGAUCUAAAGUGAAAAUGUGAAUGUUAAGGUUCAUUAAAAAUCUCUCAAGGUGUUCCACAAGGUUCUGUUCUAAGGUUACUUUUAUUUUCA